AUGGCUUUGCCACAAAGUAACGUUCCAGCCGACCGUGAGGUGCUUCCAUCAAACGUUAAACCAUUGAAGUACUCGUUGACUUUGGAUCCAAACUUUGAGACAUUCAAAUUCGGCGGUAACGUCAAGAUCGACUUGGCGGUUAAGGAGGAGUCUGACUUUAUCACUUUGAAUUCUGUUGAUAUCGAGAUCCACUCCGCUAAAGUUGGUGAUUCCGUUGCAAAGAACAUCUCAUUUGAUGAAGAGAAGCAGACUGUCACCUUCAAGUUUGACGAGAAAUUCGCAGAGGGCACAACCAUCACCGUUGAUGUCGACUUUACUGGUAUCUUGAACGACAACAUGGCUGGUUUUUACAGAUCUUCGUACGAAGAGAAUGGUAAGACUAAAUACUUGGCAACCACUCAGAUGGAGCCAACUGAUUGUCGCCGUGCAUUCCCUUCUUUUGAUGAACCUUCCUUGAAAGCUGAAUUUGACGUCACCUUGGUCUCUGAUGAACAUUUAACGGCACUUUCCAACAUGGAUGUUAAAGAAGUGACCAAGUUGGAGAAUGGUAGAAAGGCAACUACUUUCAACACCACUCCAUUGAUGUCAACCUAUUUGGUGGCAUUCAUCGUUGGUGAUUUGCGUUAUGUUGAGAGUGACAAGUUUAGAAUCCCAGUUAGGGUCUAUGCUACUCCAGGUUUGGAACAACAAGGUCAAUUUGCUGCCGAUUUGACUGCAAAGACCUUGGACUUCUUUGAAAAGAAAUUUGGUAUUCAAUACCCAUUGCCAAAGAUUGAUAAUGUUGCCAUUGCUGAUUUUAGUGCAGGUGCUAUGGAAAACUGGGGGUUGAUCACCUAUAGAGUCGUUGACUUGUUGUUUGAUGAGAAGACCUCAAACUUGGUUACAAAACAAAGAGUUGCAGAAGUUGUCCAACAUGAGUUGGCUCAUCAAUGGUUUGGUAACUUGGUUACCAUGGACUGGUGGGAAGGUUUGUGGUUGAACGAAGGGUUUGCCACUUGGAUGUCAUGGUUCUCUUGUAACGAGUUUUAUCCAGAUUGGAAAGUUUGGGAACAGUAUGUGACAGAUUCCUUGCAACAAGCUUUAGCUCUUGAUGCUCUAAGAUCCUCGCAUCCGAUUGAAGUUCCAGUUAAAAAGGCUGAUGAGAUUAACCAGAUCUUUGACGCAAUUUCUUAUGCAAAGGGUUCUUCACUCUUGAAAAUGAUUUCUCGUUGGUUGGGCGAGGAUGUCUUCAUCAAGGGUGUUUCAAACUAUUUGAAGAAGCACAAAUACGGUAACACACAAACAUCUGACUUGUGGGAAGCUUUGUCCGAAGCUUCUGGUAAGAAUGUUGUUGAAGUUAUGGACGUUUGGACCAAGAAGAUGGGUUUCCCAGUAAUUACCGUUACUGAGGAUUCUGCCAACAACAAGAUUCAUGUUAAGCAGAACCGUUACUUGACAACAGGUGAUGUCAAACCUGAAGAAGAUGAGGUUAUUUACCCUGUAUUCCUUGGCUUAAAGACUGACAAGGGUACCGAUGAGUCCAUUGUCUUGAACACCAGAGAGAAAUCUCUCACUUUGGAUGGAGGAUUAGGAUUCUACAAGCUCAACGCUGACUCUGCUGGUAUCUACAGAACCUCAUACCCUGCAGAGCGUUGGAUUCAAUUGGGCAAAGAUGGUUCUGAAGGUAAAUUGUCUGUUGAGGAUCGUGCAGGUUUGGUUGCAGAUGCUGGUGCACUUGCUACCGCAGGUUAUCAAUCCACCGAUAACUUGUUGAACUUGGUUAACGGUUGGAAACAAGAAACAAGUUUUGUUGUUUGGGAUGAAAUCAUCACAAGAGUCUCUGCCAUUAAGGCUGCCUGGAUCUUCGAAGAUAAGGCUACACGUGAUGCUCUCACCAAGUUUAUUCACUCUUUAGUUGCUGAAAAGGCCAACAAGCUCGGUUGGGAGUUCUCUGCCACUGACUCGUUCCAAGAUCAAAGAUUGAAGUCCUUGUUGUUUGGAUCAGCGGCUUCUGCCAAGGACACGAAGGUUGAACAAUUCUCCAAGGAGGCAUUUGCCAAGUACAUCGCUGGUGAUAAGGAUGCCAUCCACCCUAACUUGAGAGCAUCCAUCUUUGGUGUUGUUGCUAGAACGGGUGGUGCCACUGAGUACGAGCAACUCUUCAAUAUUUACAGCAACCCUGUUUCUCCAGACGAAAAGAUCACUGCUUUAAGAACCUUGGGUAGAUUUGAAGAUGAAGCUUUGAUCCAGAGAACCCUUGGUUAUUUGUUCGAUGGUACUGUAAGAUCCCAAGAUAUUUACAUUCCAAUGCAAGGUUUGCGUACACACCGUGCCGGUAUUGAGGCCUUGUGGACAUGGAUCCAGGUCAACUGGGAUGAAGUCACCAAGAGACUACCACCUGGCUUGUCCAUGCUUGGAUCUGUCGUUGCCAUUGGUACAUCUGGCUUCACAUCCGAUGCAAAGAUCCAAGAGAUCAAGAAGUUCUUUGAGAACAAGAGUACCAAAGGAUUCAACCAAUCUUUGGCUCAAUCAUUUGAUACUAUCAAGUCAAAGGCUUCCUGGGUCGCUAGAGACAACCAAUCUCUCAACAAGUGGCUAAAGGAAAAUGGCUUCAACUGA